CUAACUGUGCAGGCUUUGCAGUAGAACACGGAGUGAUGAUGAUGCUGCCGUAGACGUGGUAGCUAUAACGUAUGUGUAGUCUUUCUUUAGCUAGUUAUCUUAACGGUUGUUUUUUUUAAACACCAACAAACAUGCUGGACUUUGCGAUAUUUGCAGUGACUUUUGUCAUCAUUCUGGUCGGCGCAGUUCUCUAUUUGUAUCCAGUAAGUCAAUGCCUAUGCUUAUAUUAGCAACAUUGUAUAUACACCGAUGUCAUUAAGGCUACUUAUAAGCUGCUAACUUUGUGCACAGUUUUAUAGUGACAUGACAGUUAAAAAGUCCCUGGACAUUUUAUGCAUCUACCUUUAGCACUCAAAUGUUUCAGCAGUUUGGGUGAAUUAUAGAACAUAUGGCAAAGGUGUGGACUAAUAUACUUUUUUUAAAAGCUCACGUUUUUAGAGGUUACUGCCAUGGACUUAGAAUAUGUAAAACCCACAGCAUUUCUUGUCAUGUUUAAUUUAUGUUAUGUCUCUCUUGAAACUGAAAGUAACAUGCUUGAUUCAUUUUUUAUCAAGUCAUCAAGAAGUGCUUCUGGUAUCCCAGGUCUCAACCCUACAGAAGAGAAGUGAGUAGCCUAUGACCAGAUAUGUUUUAUGACUUUCUGAGUGCUGUCUCUCUUUAGCACUAAGCUAAGGUCACCACACUUGACCUGAGCCUGUAUUUAUAAAGCGUCUCUGUAGGAGUACUGAUCCAGAAUCAGAUCCCCCUGUCUAUUCAUCUUCAUAUAAAAGGCUAAACUGAUCCUAGAUCAGCACUCUUACACUGAGAAGCUUUUCUGAAUACGAGCCCUGGCCUGACCUUGGUUAAUAUUGGUUUAUUCGUCGCAUUCUCUUAAUCUAGGGAUGGAAAUCUACAAGACAUAGUGAACCGAGGCAGUCUGCAUGAGUUCCUGGCAAGUCUACAUGGACAGUUUGGUCCUGUGGCAUCCUUCUGGUUUGGAGGACGCCCUGUGGUCAGCUUGGGUUCAGUGGACCAGCUACGGCAGCACAUCAACCCCAACAGGACUAGUGAGUACUUGGGAGGGAGGGAAACUAUUGGGGCAAAGGGAAACGGGUGCUCUGUUCUUACUAACAUACCACUUAAAAUUCAUGCUUAAUUGAUUGCACCAUUCUAAGUGGAAUGCAGGGAUAGAUAGACAUUGUAACAGAUUCAAGUGAUUUCCGUUAUACAUUUACAGUGUUGUCUUGAAAUUAAGAAACUGUAACAUCUUUUCCACUGUGACAUCUUCUACCCUUACUUGUAGCGGACUCAUUUGAGACAAUGCUGAAGUCGUUGCUAGGGUACCAAUCAGGAAUGGGUGGAGGGGCCACAGAGACAGUAAUGAGGAAUAAGUUGUAUGAGAGUGCCAUCAACAACACCCUGGAGAAAAACUUUCCCCUGUUGCUGAAGGUUUGCCUUUUGCACAAUGGCUCAUUUGGCUGUUUUUUUUUUUUUAUAUUUGGCUGUAGUAUUGUGCAAUACUUUCUUAUGUUUUUGUGUAUCCAUUAGUAAUUGUUUACUCCAAAAGCUUUUUGUGCUCACUUCCCUGGGAUGUUAUAGUUCAUUGACACACACACACUCUCUCUCUCUCUCUCCCUCCCCUUUUGUCCUGUUCUAGCUGGUGGAGGAGUUAGUGGGGAAGUGGCAAUCUUUCCCUAAGGACCAGCACACGCCCCUCUGUGCCCAUCUACUAGGAUUGGCCAUGAAGGCUGUCACUCAACUCGCUCUGGGUGACCGCUUCCGGAAUGAUGCUGAAGUCAUCGGCUUCCGAAAGAACCACGAGGCAGUGAGUGAGCAGUCACCGUUUCUGGUGAAAAUAUGCCCUUUAAGACCUGUGUUGUUUGCAGGUUUUCACUGAUAAUUCCCUUUGACUUGUCAGAUCUGGUCGGAGAUCGGAAAAGGCUAUUUGGACGGUUCCAUGGAGAAGAGCCCCAGCAGAAAGGAGCACUAUGAGAGCGGUGAGUGAGAACUAGUUCACUGCUAUGGAUAAUAUGUGUUACCUGUACAUCUCGGCAUUAAGAAAACGUCCACUUCCUUACUGAAUGUGUCUGAAAUAAAAAGUCAGAGUAUCUCCCUAUGUGUAUAAAUUCUCUGUCCUCAUGCUAAGUACAUUAUGCUUGUUUACAGCGCUGGCAGAAAUGGAAACAGUGCUGAUGUCUGUGGCUAAAGAGAGGAAAGGACAAAGGAGUCAGACAGCGUUUGUGGACACUCUUCUCCAGUCCAACCUCACAGAGAGACAGGUGAUGCACAGAUUAUUUGAUUAUAAGGACAACAGACUCAUUGAGGCAGAGCAUAGAGUGUCCUGUUGCUGUUAUUCAAGUGUAGAGGAAAAUAAAACUUCCUUCCUACUGUUUUAAUGAAUGAUUGUUUUCAUGGUUUCUCUUUUGUAGGUGAUGGAGGACAGCAUGGUAUUCACACUGGCAGGUUGUGUCAUCACAGCUAAUUGUGAGUACUAGUAAUAAAUAGAUUAUACGUAGUUGCCUAUCUAUGUCAUAACUUGCGGCCUCAUGGUGUAUCCAAUCGUCCAUUUUUUCUGAGAGAAUAAAAUCAUACAUUUGGUUAGUAUUUUGUCAGAAAAUCUCUCUCUCACAAAGUGUUUAUGUUUUUCUUUGUGGUUGUAAUAUUUUCCCAGUGUGCAUCUGGGCAGUACACUUCCUGUCCACAUCAGAGGAAGUUCAGGAGAAGCUGCAUCAGGAGCUGGAAGAUGUUCUGGGCUCUGAGCCUGUAUCUCUGGAUAAGAUCCCACAGCUCAGGUGACCUCUGACUCUGUCUGACAGCCAAGUAACAUCAACGAUGUGAUGCAGUGUAACAGAGGUGUUUCAGAUCCACUCUUGCAUGAUGUGUACCUUAUCUGAGACCUGAAGACUGGUGUGCUUCCUGAGCUAAUGCCUAAGCUAACAGGGGCUAACAGCCUUGUGGCCCACAAGACACCCGGGUUCGAACCCUGGUCGGUCACAGCAGAAGGGGCAGGUAUCCUCAUGGUAGCAUGUCUUCAAGGUAUAUUUAUAGACCUAUAUUUGAUAGGCAUGAUAAAAUGUAUCUUCUAUACUAUAGGUACUUCCAGCAGGUUUUGAACGAGACUGUGCGGACAGCCAAACUGACGCCCAUCGCAGCCCGGCUCCAGGAAAAUGAAGGGAAAGUCGAUCAGCACAUUAUUCCUAAAGAGGUAUCUUAUUCUCCUCUUCCGUACUUAGUCCCUUUAUUAUCUACAUCUCACUGUCACAGUCAGCAAGUGCUUGUGGAUUUAAAAUUAAACACAAUCAACCAACCAAACACAUUCCACAUUCACAGAUGUGAAUUAAAAAAAUAAUAAUAAUAAUAAUAAUAAAAAAAUUGUUUUAUAUAUGUAUAUAUAUAUAUACAUACAUAUACAUACAUACAUACAUACAUACAUACAUACAUACACACACAAAUAAUAAUUAUAACAAAAUUUAAAUUAUAGAACUUGCAGCAGCACUAUCAAGGUUCUUAUUAGCUAUUUCCAGCCUUAGCUGAGAUGACGAGCCAAUAAUUAGUUUUUAGGUUUUACAGCACCUUACACAACACGCAUCUGCCCAUCUCCCUGAUUCCCCCAUUCACUCUGUCCAAUUUGAAAUAUAGUUGAGUAGUGGAGACCAGAGUCUAUCAAACUUGGGCUGUCUCUUGUGGAGGUCAUAAGUGAGCUUUUCAAGGGGGAGAAAGUCAACAAUCUGGUCAAUCCACAUUUUAAAUGUAGGAGAAGUAUUAGAGGCCCACAAUAGAAGAAUACAUUUCUUAGCAAAGUAUGUAAUGGUCAUGAGCAAAUUUUCUCUGUCAGGAUCAAGAACAAAGUCCUGCUGGGCAUUAAGAAGAUAGAGACACGGGGUCAUAUCAAACUGUACAUCUAGUAUUUUCUGUGCAGCAGUAUGUAUAGAUUGCCAAAAUCUGGCAAUCUCUCUGCAGCUCCAAAAUACAUGCAUAUAGGUUCCACUUUCAGAGGUACAUCUAUUACAAUUAGGAGAAAUGUCUGUUUUCAUUUUAUGGAGUCUCAGGGGAGUGUAAUAAAAUUUGUACAAAAAUUUGUAAUUAGAUUCUUUCAUUUUUACAUUAGUAGAGGAGCAGUAUACCCUGUCGCAAACCUCCGCCCAUAACUCGUCACUGAUAGUCAGACCAAGGUCCUUUUCCCAUAUUAUUUUCAAAGGAGUAAAGGAGGAUCCUCCUUUCUCAGAAAGGAGUCUAUAGAUAUAGGAUAUUUUGCCUUUAAUGGAUUGUGCUGUGACAAGAAGGGUUUCAACUUCAUUCAACUGAGUUCUAAACCUCCUCUUGGAAGUAAAUGAGGAGAUGACAUGUCUAAUUUGUAGAUAUUUAAAAAAAAUGGGAUCUUGGCACAUUGAAUUCAUUGCAGAGCUCUUGAAAGGAUUUCAGUGUAGUGGUCUUCUGAUGAAAUAGGUCUGAAAAGGUCCUGAUUCCUAGAGUAUGCCAAAGAUUAAAGUUGGCAUCUCUCAGGGCUUUUGGCAAGUCUGGGUUGCCUACUAUAGGCGAGUGAGAACAUAUUUGGGAGGAGAUGCCCAAGUAUUUCUUACAGUCCCUCCACGCUCGUAGGGUACUGUAAAUCACAAAUGUUUUGGCUAUGUUGCCCACUUCACUAAAGUUAUACAACUGAAUUUUUAAGUUUAAAGUGAAUAAUGAAAACACUUUAAUCCUAUGUUUUUUUUCAGACACUGGUGAUCUAUGCCCUUGGGGUAGUCCUACAGGAUGCAGACACCUGGAACCGUCCCUACAAGUGUGUUCAUAUGUAUUUUCCUUGGAACCUUUUGCCACCUAUAGAGGCCAUUUUUGCCGGGGGUUUUUGGUACCAAGUUUGAAUUCUUGCACUUUGUCCAUUCAGGUUUGACCCAGACCGAUUCACAGAAGAUUCAGCCAGGAAAAGCUUCUCUCUGCUUGGAUUCUCAGGGAACCAGGCCUGUCCUGAGCUGAGGUAACGGGGAUGAGAAAGCAUAGUGGCGUGCACUUGAGAUUUAACCAAGGGGCUAGGGCAUUUUCUGGUUGUAAUUACACAGGAGCAACUUAUCAACAUCAAAGGAAAUGAAAUGGAGAGGGAGUGUCACUACCAGGCAAAGAAUAAUGAUGUGGGCUUGUUACUAACUUUUUACACAACACCAUUUCUCCACCUUUUAGGUUUGCGUACACAGUGGCCACUGUCCUCCUCAGCACUGUGGUGCGCCAACUGAAGCUGCAUCAGGUGAAGGGACAUGUGGUAGAGGCCAGAUCUGAGCUGGUGUCCACGCCUAAAGAUGACACAUGGAUCACUGUGAGCAGAAGAAGCUAACUAACAGUGGACAUUUGUCUCAAACUCCAUCUUUGGAAGAGGAACGGAGUUAUUUGGGAAAGUACUUGUCAGUUAGCUCAGGUUCUAGACCGAGUGGAACUGUUAAAAUAACUGUAAACAUGAUGGUGAGCUUUGUAGGGCUACUUGUCAGUCAGCUCUUGAAGAUGGUUUUGAGUAGCUCAAGUCAGUAACAAUGGCGACACGGUCAUUUGAGCUACCACCUGAAGUAGCUUUUUGUCCCCCCUAUUUCAAUAUGAGGAUCAUUACCUAUCUUUUCAAGCUGCAUGACCAUUGAUGUUUUUGUCUUAAACCUUGCCUUAAACCACAUGCUGCCCAAGUGAAGGCUAUUUUAUCUCCGCUCUUGGACUUCUGAACAACAUUCCAGCUGAACUGCCUUCCAAAACACGUGGUCUCCACUCCCCCAGAUACAUGGCAUUUAGACAGUUCAUCCUUAAUAAAGUUUACACUACUUGUGUGUUAGGAUAGGAAUAUAAUAUUUUGCACAUUUGUUGCAGCCACCCGGUUGUGAGCGUAUCCUGCAUCUGUCAAGAGGUCUAGGCCAUUAUUGUCAACAAGUGCUCACUCUGUAUCUGCAGGGUCUCUGAUUCAAUCCCCCAGCCCUGUUUCCCCUGUAUCGCUUUGUUAGCAUUGAUUGUUUAAAAUGUGUAAUACUUUAACAUUUAAAUAAUAUCAGUAACAUCUGGAUUUAUUAACA